AAAUGAGAGAGUAUAGAGUGGUGAGGGAGGGAGGCGGCGGGUGGCGGCGCUCACUUGUCCGCCGGCCGCCGCCUCCUCCGCCUUUCCCAGUGUCGCCGACAUGGUGGAGACUCAGAGUAAACCUGCAGCCACCAUAAAGGUGAGGCAGCGGAGGAAGAGGCCCGCUGACCCAGCCUUGCGCAAAAAAGCUCCUCCUAAAGUUAGGAAGGUUGCCCCUGUCAAGCCAAAGAAAGAAGCUGUGGUCCCAAAACCCCAGCCCAAGAAGAAACCUAUAACUCUUAAGCCCCCAAAAGAUAAGGCUGCUCCUAAGGACAAAGAUGCUCCCAAGGACAAAGAUGCUCCCAAAAAGCUUCCUGCAGUGCCCGAGAUCCUCUUGAAACGUCGGAGGCAGAAAAUUGCUGCUAAAAAACACAGGGUUGCUGCCAUCAUCCAGGCUAAAAAGGCCUUGAAGACAAAGCGCUUCAACAUAUUCCGCCGAGCUGAGCGUUAUAUCAAAGAGUAUCGCACUACUGAGAGGCAAGAGAUAGACUUGAUUCGUGAGGCUAAGAAGGAAGGGUCUGUGAUUGUUCCUGCAGAGUCUAAGUUGGCCUUUGUCAUCAGGAUUAGAGGUGUGAACCAGAUUCAUCCUAAGGUUCGUAAAGUGCUUCAACUUUUCCGCCUUCUCCAGAUCAACAAUGGAGUUUUCGUCAAACUGAACAAGGCCACCAUCAACAUGCUGCGUAUUGCUGAACCUUUCAUUGCUUGGGGGUACCCUAACCUGAAGUGUGUCAAAUCACUGAUUUACAAGAGAGGGUUUGGCAAGAUUGAUCGCCGUCGUGUACCACUAAUAAACAAUGACAUAAUUGAGAAGCAGCUUGGUAAGAGGGACAUCAUCUGCAUGGAAGAUCUCGUGCACGAGAUUUACACUGUUGGGGAACAUUUUCAGGCGGCCACAAACUUCUUGUGGCCUUUUAAGCUGAAUAAUCCAACUGGUGGAUGGAGGAAGAAGACUAACCACUUUGUUGAAGGUGGUGACUUUGGUAAUAGGGAGGAUCAAAUAAAUGCACUCCUUGCCAAAAUGGUCUAAAAUUAAAGAGAGAUCUAUGA